GCGUAAAUGCUGGUGUCGCUGGCAAUGCACCACAAAUCGACGACUUUAAUGGACUUUUCGGUCUCGGCAACGAUGUUACUCUACAUGGCGCAAGUGGAGUUGGAGCUGGUGGUAGAGCAAGUGGUGGCGGCGGAGGAAGUGGUACUGAUAUGGGUUACUCUGCCUUCGGUGCUGGCUAUGAUAUCGACACGGGCGGUUUUGGUGGUCAACAACAGACGGAAAUAUAUGGCAUCGUCGAGCCACUAAUAGAGGAUACGCCAUGUGUGGAUCGGGCUUGUCAGGCCAAUGAUGAUUGCUGUCCCACAGGUGUCUGCGUAAAUACCUACGGCGAGGGUAAAUGCAUUUAUGUUUAUGGACGGAAACGCGAUCUGUGCCACCGCAAUACAGACUGUGAGCUGGGAAUGUCUUGCCUGAAGACAGCAGCUGGUAAUCUGAUGUGUCAACCGAGUGCAACUGCGGUUCAUCUAUUGAAUGGUGUAGGUGUUGGUGGUGGUGGUGGUGGUGAUGGUGUUGCUACUGCUGCUGCUGCUGGCGUAGGUGGUGUUGGUAAUAACGCAGUUUCACUUAAUGUUGGCACAAAUAUUGCAACUGUUCCCAAGAUGGCAUUGAAUGUAAAGCAAUUUGGCGAGGAUUGUGUGUCGUCGAGCGAUUGUAAUGUGGCCAAGGGCUUAUGUUGCCAACUGCAACGCACUCAUCAUCGCAUACGUCCACGCAAAUUAUGCGCCUACUUCCGGGAUCCUUUCAUGUGCAUCGACAUUAUGCCAACAGAAGAUGAGGAAGUACGCGAAUCACGCUUCCUAUCCGCCUUCAGUCAGCGACGCAUGUAAUGAGGAUAGUUAAAAUAAAACCAAACACAAGCAACAGAAGCAAGAAAGUACGUACGUACACUCCCACAGAUAACCAAGCUACACAAACACACCCACGCAUAGAUACAAUCAAACACACAUACUAUAGUGGAUGCGUGCUGCAAACAAACCGGACGUGCAGAUCAAGCGGAAAGCAGGGCAAAACGGCAGCAAUGCAGAUAAAUACUCGAACAAUCAUAGAUAAAUACGAUUUUGUGCAAAAAGAAAACUGACGCACGCCGAACAUUUUCAAAUCAAACUUACAUACAUAUCAAACAAAGUUAAACUUUAAACCUAAGAAAAUUUGAACAAAACAAAAAACAAAACAAUAUUAAAGGCAAUGGUUUUUGGUGGCCAAGAAAAGUCAAAGAUAAUAAAAAUCAAACAUAUCAUUUAUUUAAUAAAAGUAUUGGCAUUCUUGAUCAAGCGCAGUUAACUAUCUAAUGUGGAAAUAAUGAUUUAACGGUAUUAGCACCCACACAUACUCAACUCAAUGAAUUAUGAAUGGAUGUAUUAGAAAAAACUGUAUUAUUGUACUUAUAUGGAAUAAUUGUGUUAGAAAAUCCUAUAUUUAGAAAGAUUAUUCAUAUACAUAAUUGUAAGAAUGUAUAUGUAAUUAUAUACAAUCAUUUAUAUGUUUAGUUGUAUGCAUAACAGCACAUAAAAUACCCGCUCUAAAAAAAAUUAAACAAUUAAAUUCUGAGAGCCAAAAUGUCAACAAUGUAAUCUAGUGAAAAAUGUUGCAAAACAAGAAUUAACAGUUAGAGUAGUUAAAAUAAGAAAAAUUAAAAACCUUCAAAUAAAUUGCAAUAAUUUGCUAAAAACAAUUU